AUGAUUCAUGCCUGGGCAAUCAAAAGGGCGCUGUGCAUUUUUAUCCUCAUCAAUUGUGUGCUAAAAUUAGAGCGUUCGCUUAAAGUAACGUGGAAAUCGAAAAGGGGAUUUCACACCCCAGUGGACGGCGCAAAUGGCUGCGAACGGGAGUGGAAACGGAGAGGGGUGUUCUUUAGCAUUCGGAGGGGAAGCAACAGGAAGGCCGCUAGAUUAAGGAAGGCCUUUAGAGGAGUGGGCACUGGUGGGAGACCGCUCUUUCGCGGCGGGAAAUUCAUUCCACUGUUUCUGUUGCGGGAUUGCCAACGCAGUGGUUUAAACGAAAAUCAAUAUAAGUUAACGGGCAGGCGGUGUAGCAGCCGUUUGGAAGUCGCCCCCAGGAGAGGGAAUGGCUUACCAUUCGAGCGGCGAAGUGGUGGAGCGAUCGGUGCAACGGGGCAGUUGGAGGAUGGCGGCCCCGAUGGAGGGUCCCCCCCCGGGGUGCAAGCAAACACGAGUAGGAGGAGCCACAGCAGCGGCUGCAGCAGUAGCGGAAGCGACGGGGGAGGAGCCCCCGAGCACCCCCAACAAAACGUGCGCAACUUCUGCAUCCUGGCGCACAUCGACAGCGGGAAAUCUACCCUGGCGGAUCGCUUCCUAGAAUUAACCAAAACGAUAAAAAAGAAGAAGAUGCAGGACCAGUUCCUCGACAUGAUGUCGCUGGAGCGAGAGAAGGGAAUCACCAUAAAGCUGAAGGCAGUGCGGAUGAACUACCAGAAUUAUAUUUUCAAUUUGAUAGAUACACCGGGACACUUUGAUUUCUACCAUGAGGUAAAAAGGUCGCUGAGUGUAUGCGAAGGAGCCAUCCUACUGAUUGAUGGGAGCAAAGGGAUUCAGUCGCAGACCCUUAACAUAUUUCUGGAGCUGCAAAAACAUAAUUUAAAAAUCAUUCCGGUGAUAAAUAAAAUCGACCUGAACGUGUGCAGGUUGGACGAAAUAGAAACCGAUUUGUUGAGCAAAUUUCAUUUUAUGAAGAAAGACAUUUUACACAUCUCUGCGAAAUAUGCACAGGGAGUUGAGUCCCUUUUUCAGAGAAUCGUUUCUGACAUCCCCUGUCCUGCCAUCAAAUCGAAUGCCUUCUUUAGGGCCAUCGUUUUUGACUCCUUCUAUGACCAGUACAAGGGGGUAAUAUUAAUCAUUAAAGUGCUAAAUGGGGUGCUAACAAAAAAAACGGAAGUUUUUUUCAUUCAGAGCGAAAAGACCUCCAUCAUUCAGGAGGUUGGGUACCUCACGCCGGACAUGAAACCCACGGAGAGUAUACGGCAAGGGGACAUUGCGUACGUCUCAUGCAAUAUGAGGAAGUGCGACGAUGUGCAGAUCAGCGAGACGAUCGUCAGCAGGGAUAUUGUUAAGAUGAAUGCGCAUCGCAAACUUGUGGUCGAUUUGGACCGCCUCGGCGGGGAGCGCACCGGUGAAGCGCAUACUAAUGUGACGCGUUGCGGUGUGGAAUCCUUGCGGGGCGCCGCCCCACCGGUGGAGAUGCAUACCGAACGAGAAAUCCACCUGGAGCAGAUGGCCGCGUCCAAGGUGGACGUCUCGUACCCCGUGGUGUUCUGCAACAUUUACAGCGUCAGCGACAAGCAGGCCAACGAACUGGAGGCGGCCCUGAACAAGCUGAAGCUGAACGACGCGUCCUUUUCCUUCAAACCCGACGUCUGUGAGACGUUGGGGAAGGGGUUCAAGUGCGGGUUUAACGGGCUGUUGCACCUUAACAUAAUCCAGGAGCGGAUCAAACGGGAGUACGGCGUCGAGACGAUUGUGACUGCCCCGUCUGUGAAUUACCUGGUGAGGGUCAAGGAGAGGGGCAUCGACAAGCAGCUGCGGGAGAGGCUGGUUGAUGCGCGCUUCGACAUAGCGCACGUUAAUGUGGCAGCGGGUGGGAGCGGUGAUGGGAGAGCUGACGGAAGCGCCGAUGGGAGUGCUGACGGAAGCGCCGAUGGGAGUGGUGACAGCAGCGCCCAUGGCAGUAGUGAUAGACGCGGUGCCGGCUGCGCCCGUGGGAGUGACGAUAUCAUCGGAAAUAACCCCCCUGAGGGACUCUACUACAUGACGAGCAACGUGAACGAUAUCCCCCAGAAAAAUUACGUCCAGGGAAUAUACGAGCCGUACGUGCGAACGAGCAUCGUGACGCCGGAGGAGUACCAAAAGCAUAUCAUGGCGGAGUGUUUCCAGAGGAGAGGGAUUUUUAUAAAAAAGGAAAACAUAAACAGUCAUGUCAUCUUCCAUUUCGACAUGCCAUUGUCUGAAAUAUUAAUUAAUUUUUUAGACCAAAUAAAGUCCUGCACAAAGGGCUAUGGGUCCAUGAGCUACGAAAGUUAUAUAACGUAUAGGGAAAGCGAUUUGCACAAAAUUAAUAUAUACGUGAAUAAUAGGAGCAUCGACUCCUUGUCUUUCCUCGCUCAUAAAUUAAAUUACCAGGAGAAGGGGAAACGAAUAGUUUUAAAAUUAAAAGAAAUGAUAAAGCCUCAUCAGUUCCUUGUUGUCAUUCAGGCAGGUGUGGGCACCAGGAUCUUCGCCUCGGAGAGGAUCAACCCGAUCAGGAAGAAUGUCACGGCCAAAUGCUACGGGGGGGACAUCACACGGCGGAGGAAGUUGCUCGAGAAGCAAAGCGCGGGCAAGAAAAAGAUGUUCAGCAUCGGCAAGGUGAAGCUCCCUCCGAAUAUGUUCACCAAGCUGUUCGAUUUGAAGGCACAGUGAGGGGGGGGUGGUCACCGCCGAA